AGUGACCAAAAGUAAUAACACUUUGAUCUAAAACUACAAACAAAUACUUCCGUCAGUCUUUUGAUUGUCUAUCAAAAAAAUGGAUGCCGUCGCCACCACUGUCCUUCCGAGUUUGCAAGCAAUGCCUUACGCCACUCCGGCAGCUGUGGGUGGUCUGUUCUUCUCUGUUUUCGUUAUGAAACAAUUCAUAAACAAUCGAAAGAAAACGCAUGCAAAGCUUCCUCAUGUACCAGAGGUACCAGGGUGGCCGGUGAUCGGGAAUUUGCUGCAACUCAAAGAGAAAAAACCCCAUAAGACUUUCAUGAACUGGGCUGAUACUUAUGGACCAAUUUAUUCAAUCAGAACUGGGGCUUCUACUGUUAUUGUUCUUAAUUCUACUGAUGUUGCUAAAGAGGCCAUGGUGACGAGAUACUCGUCCAUUUCAACCAGAAAACUAUCAAAAGCUUUGACUGUACUUACUCAAAAUAAAUGUAUGGUGGCAACGAGUGAUUAUGACGAGUUUCACAAGAUGGUGAAAAGACAUUUACUUACAAAUGUUUUGGGUGCAAAUGCUCAGAGACGACACCGCCAUCACAGGGACACCCUGGUUGAAAAUAUUUCAACCCUAUUUCACAGUCAUGCAAAGAAAAAUCCUCAGCGAGCUGUGAAUUUCAGGGAGAUAUUUGAGUCUGAACUCUUUGGAUUAGCAAUGAAAGAAGCAUUGGGAACUGAUGUCGAAUCCAUUUAUGUUGAUGAACUCGGGAUCACUCUGUCAAGGGACGAGAUUGUUCAUGCCUUGGUACAUGAUCCAAUGGAAGGUGCAAUUGAUGUGGACUGGAGAGAUUUUUUCCCUUAUUUCAAAUGGAUUCCGAAUAAAAGAUGGGAAGCAAAAAUCCAGCAAAUGCAUUAUCGCAGGCAGGCAGUGAUGAAUGCUCUCAUCAAGCAGGAGAAGCAAAGAAUAGCUUCAGGAAAGGAGGUGAAUUGUUAUCUGGACUACUUAUUAUCUGAAAGCACACUUACAGAACAACAAAUAAGUAUGUUAAUUUGGGAGACAAUUAUUGAGACAGCAGAUACAACUAUGGUCACUACAGAAUGGGCUAUUUAUGAACUUGCCAGGAAUCCAAAUUAUCAGGAUGCGCUCUAUCGCCAAAUCAAAAAUGUAUGUGGGUCGGAAAAGAUCAAAGAGGAGCAUCUGUCUCAAAUACCAUACUUGAAUGCUGUUUUCCAUGAAACUAUUAGGAAAUACAGUCCAGCUCCGGUUAUACCUUUGCGAUUCGCACAUGAAGAUACAGAAAUUGGGGGCUAUAUUGUUCCUGCGGGAAGUGAGAUUGCUGUUAAUAUUUACGGAUGCAACAUGGACAAGAAGCGAUGGGUGAAUCCUGAAGAGUGGAAUCCUGAGAGAUUCCUCAAUGGAAAAUUUGAUGCCAUGGACUUACAUAAGACAAUGGCUUUUGGAGCUGGAAAAAGGGCGUGUGCAGGUGCUCUUCAGGCAUCAUUGAUAGCAAGUACAUCAAUUGGAAGACUAGUGCAAGAAUUUGAGUGGAGUCUGAAAGAUGGAGAGGAAGAAAAUGUUGAUAUAGUUGGACUCACGACUCGCAAGCUUCAUCCAUUGCAUACCAUUAUAAAAGCGAGAAGACAAUGAAAACGUCAAUCGAUUUGAUGAAUAAAUGAAAAUGAAUUUCUAAGUGGAUGUGGUAGUUGAUAUAAGAAUUUCAGGCCAUGGAGAUAAACUUUCAAUGAACAUAACAAUAUAGCACAUGUAUUUGCAUCACAAAUAAUAAUAAAUUUACAGUUCAAAAUCCUA